AUGUCGACCACCGAAGACGAAAUGCGCGUCGACCCCGCCCGAGCCCAAGAGCUCAUUGAGAACAUUGGCAAUGUGACGGCGCGCAUAGUGCACGCCAACAAGUCGGGCAAAGACGUCCGCCUCAUCGCCGUCUCCAAGCUCAAGCCCGCCACCGACAUCCUCGCGCUGCACACGGCGCCAGCCCCGCACACGACGACGCACUUCGGCGAGAACUACUUCCAGGAGCUAUCGGCCAAAGCCGCAGCCCUGCCGCGCACCAUCAAAUGGCACUUCAUCGGGGCAUUGCAGACGAACAAGUGCCGGCCGCUGGCCGAGGCGGUUCCGAACCUGUGGAGCGUGAGCAGCGUCGACACGGCCAAGAAGGCGGACCAGCUGGAGAAGGGGCGGAAGACGCUCGUCGAGGAGCUUAACAAGAAGAACGACAAGGAACAGCUGGAGCCGCUGCGCAUCCUCGUGCAGGUCAACACGUCGGGCGAGGCCUCCAAGAGCGGCACCCCGCCGGGCGAAACGGCGGCGCUGUGCGCGCACGUGCGCGACCGCUGCCCGCACCUGCGCCUCGCGGGCCUGAUGACCAUUGGCGCCAUCGCGCGCUCGCACGCGCUGACGCCCGAGACGGAGAAUGCGGACUUUGUCGAGCUGCGGCGGGUGCGGGACGAGGUUGCCGCGGAGCUGGGCUUGCCCGCCGACGACCUCUGCCUUAGUAUGGGCAUGAGUGCCGACUUUGAGGGCGCGGUCAGGCAGGGCUCCGAUGAGGUGAGGGUCGGCACGGGGAUUUUUGGGCAGAGGGCCGCGAGGGGGAGCAGGAUUCCGGAGGGAGCGGAGGAGGGAAAGGAUGAUGCGGGGAAGAGCUAA